CAAAUUAUCUUUGCUUUGCUACGCUGCUGAGCUACCUUAUUUUGAGGAAUGAAACGCGAACUAAGCUAAAAUGGCGUAAUGUCUAAUAUUCAUAAGUUGAAUGUCGUGUGAGUGGAGAAAAUAGAAAGACGAUUAGUGGCAUCGUGUGUUAUUUGUUUAUUAACAAGUUAGAUCAAUUGUUGCCAUCAAAACAUAUAAAUCAUGUCUGAUGAUGAACAAGAUGUGGUUCGAACCGAAAUUGCAACUAGAAUGCUGACCGCUGAAUAUAAAGACGGUCAGCUGGAGAUAGUUGAAAUGACUCCAUAUCAAAAAGGGCAUAAGGUGGAAGGCAUUGCUCAUGUGAUAGCAGAGGGAUCAGAGAGCAGUAACGAUGGCCUGAAAUAUAUGCAGGUGUUGGAUGCUGACAAGAAUGUUGUCGUUGAUUUACUUAAUUUGACAUUGGUUAGAUGUGAAGAUGGCCAGGAAGCAUACCGUAUAGUGAGCAAUGAUACGGAGAGCGGUGAUGAUACAACGGUCACCUGUGUUCUUUCUAAUGAAGAUUCUGAAGAACAAGAUAAUCAAGAAUCGUAUGUCGUACUGGAUGGAGAACAGGGACCGAUGGUUUUUCUGCAGUCCUCAUUGCCACAGACAAAUCAGACGGUCAAAGUCGAAACUAAAGAGCAAAAACCAAAAUUGACACCUACGGAAAUACUAGAAAGAGCAAAGGCGUUGCAGAAAGCUAAGGCCCUUAUGUCUGCACAAUCAACCAAAGAUCGCAGUCGAAAACGUAAGAACGAGCUGCCCCCCCCACACGAGCUGCUGGCCUCACCGCAGUUUAAACUGUUCCUAUACUCCUGCAAGCUGUGCACCUUCAAGUGUAAUGCCAUCAAGGAACUCACAGCUCAUAAGGCCGAGGAGCACAACGGCAGCGCCACCAAGUGGCGCGGGGGGGGGCGCGCCGCCGCCAGCUCGCUGCAGUGCGCGCGCUGCCCGUACCGCGGCACCACGCACACGCAGUUGAUGAAGCACGUCAAAGAAAAACACCUCGAUAGCGUCACGACAAUUGAAGGUCGCGGUGCAGGUCGGCUGUUGCUGGAGAGCGACGAGGUGCGCGAGGCGGACGUGCUCGUGUGCGGCGCGUGCGGGUUCGAGUCGGCGGCGCGCGACGUGUUCCGCAGACACAUCGAGCGCGAACACGGCGUCACGCCCUGCUAGCUGACGUCACACCGACGUCACACUGACGUCACACCGAUACGGAUAACAUUACAAUAAAAUUAUACAAAAGUACAAAUACUAAACUUUA